UGGAGUUAUUUUUCCACUCCAGCCAUGUGGUUCGUUGUAAGACUUUCUAGUGUUUUUCUGGCAUUAAUAUUUCCGAAAUGGGUCUGUACUACGAAGAUGGAAAAUUAUUUCGAUCUCGAUUUCCAACUUAUGACGGAAUUGAGAAGCCAUUCUGAGGAUUUACAAAACCAUAUAAGGGUGUUAAAUCGUUAUAUAGACGACAGAAGAUCGGAACUAGAUAAAGUGGGAAGCGAUCCGGAGUAUUAUUUGAGCAAUCCUAUUAACAGCUACUCCUUGUUGCACCGCUUGCACUUUGAUUGGCCAAUUUGGAGAAAACUAAUGGAGAAAUCUUUGGCUACAGCGCAAAUCUUGGAGAUGCGGGAGUUGCUAAGCAAGAUUCCAAAGAAAUACGAGUACAUGAGUUCUAUCAAAAAAGCCAUAGAUUUUCAUCACCAGGAAGAGGAUUAUUUGGGAUCGUACGAGGGAAUUAUGGGACAGGAAAGCGAGGUCCCAGAAGAAGGUCCGCUGUUUAGUCCAAUGGAAUCCCUGGAAAUCGCACAGUAUGCCUACGACCAGGGGAACUAUGUUCAGGCAGAGGACUGGCUAAAUACUACACUCAGGGGCUAUAGAAAUCUCGAUCGUGAGGAAAAGGAACUUUAUAAUAUUCUAAUCCCUGUCAGUGAGAGUCAGGUGCAGGAUCUCUACGAAAAAGUAAAGACAAUUAAUGGGAAGUUAGUUUGAGUUCGUAUGUGUAACUAAAAAAAAAAAUAAAAAAUACUUCAUUCGA